AAUACUCACCAGACUCUUCCUAAUUCCUACCCAGAUACUUGAGAGCAACGGGGAUAUAUGUACCUUUUGCAACUCAAAGCCACAAUCCCAAGGAAUUUCAUUUGGCAACAAAUGAUAGGGUGGAUCCUCCUGCUGUGGUAGCGGAAUUCUUUGAUAAGCUUUCACUUCAUCCUGAUUCUUCUAAUCAUGAUAAGUAAGAAGUUCCCAGAUUGACAAUAUCAAAUCUUUUUCAUCUUCAUUCAGAGGAGAGAGGACUUUAAAAAGAAAAGCAACUUGCAAAACAGGUUCUAUAGAAAGAACUCGAAGAGGAGAGAGCUAGAAUUCCAAAGGCAAAUCCUUACCCUUGUACCACAGAUUUUCCAGUGGUAUGAAGCAGGUCAGCACCAUUCAUUCCAAAUGAUGCAAAAUUCAACUACUUUUGUGUUUCCAUUUUCUUCACGUGUUUAAUUUCCACAUACUUUCAGAUGCCUCCCAAACCUGAGCUUAAGCAGUGCAUAACACCUGAAGUUUUUCAAUUGGAAAGCCUCAUUAGACAUUAGGCAUGACGAGGAGUUGCAGAGGAGGAUGGACGAGAAAGAAAGGGCAGAAAGAGAGGAGGCACAGCAAAGAUUUUUUAGAGCGCAACCUAUUUUGAGAUAUGAUCCAUUGCCACUUCCAGAAAGGGGGAGAAGGCCUCUCAUUGAAGUCCAAGAGUUUGCCUUGAAUGCGGGUCACAGAUACUCAAAGAACUGAGUUUCAUGAAAUGAAUAGUUAGCAACAACUUUCUGUCAAUAUGAUUCUGCACAAAGCAAGGAUUUUACCUGUUCUCUUCUUGGCAAUAGUUGUGCCAUUGGCAACCUCGCUCUCCUUCAACUUCCCUAGCUUCGAUCCAGCCUCACAGUCCAAGAUCACAUUUGAAGGUGAUGCGGACAUUACUAGCUCUGCCAUAAUGCUCACCAAAGAUGGUACAAAUUUGGCUAGCACUAGUAGAGCAACCUAUAACGACCCACUCCUGCUUUGGAACCACAAAACGAACGAACUCACUAGCUUCACCACACAAUUCUCCUUCAUCAUCAACUCCAAUGCGACAAACCAUGCUGAUGGCUUUGCCUUCUUCCUUGCACCAUGCCCUGCCAAGCUUCCCUUAUAUUCUCAAGGUGGCUACCUUGGCCUCUAUUCCAACUCCACAAUCUUCGUCAAUUCAACCAGUAGCGCAGUGGCAGUGGAGUUUGACACCUUCAGCAACUAUGAAUGGGAUCCAGAAGGCGAACAUCUUGGCAUUGACAUAAACUCGAUCACUUCUUCAAAGUAUGUUCGUUGGAACAGCAGCAUCAGGGAACACAGAGUUGGUAAUGCACGGGUGGAUUAUGACUCCAUCACCCACAACUUGAGCCUCUUCCUGACCUAUCCAGAGACGAAUCAAUCGCCAAGCGCCAAUUACAGCAUAAGCUACAUUGUUGAUCUGAGAGAGGUCCUCCCGGAGCAUGUAGCAGUUGGGUUCUCCGCUGCCACUGGUAACUACACUGAGACGCAUAGCAUUAUAUCAUGGUCCCUCAACUCGACUCUGCAGCCAAAGAAGAACAAACACAUGGUUCUGAUCAUCAUAGUUUCUGCCAUUGGAGUGGUCUUGGUGGUUGUAUUAUGCUCGAUAUGCUUGAUUUGUCGCAAGAGCAGGAGGAAGAAGAAUAUCGUGAAGGAGCCCAUGGACUGUGAUGAGGAUAUAGAUCGAGUUUGAGAGCCAACGAGGGCCGAAGAGGUUCACUUUCCAGGAAUUUGUAUGUUUGUAAUUUGUGUCCUGAACAAAAAGUACCACCAUAUAUUUCUGCUGCUGAUAUCAAUAAUAAGUUUCACGCAGGGACAAGAGAGUUGGAUCUCCAUCGAAAUAGAUCAAUUUUGCAUUUUAAGACUCCCAAAACCCCUUUAUCUCCAGUAUAGUGAGAGUUAUUUCUUUUAUUUUUAAUUGUCGGGAACAUAUGUAAGGCACUGCCAUGA